CUGCGCGCGGUUGGGGGGCGCGGCGGCCUCUUCACACGCGAGCCUGAUGCACGCGAUGCCGCAUGUGGCCGGUGGUUACGUGAGCGUGCUGUAAACGCAUCCAGUUCUCAUUUUCAUCCUUUCAGUUGUCUUUUUGUCAUUGUUUGUCCUCUUCGUCAUGUCGUCUGAGGAAGACUCGACGCUGCUUUUCCUCGUCUUUCAACACCUGAAGACGAAAGGCUUGUUUGGCGCCGCCGACCUGCUGGAGAAACAUGUCGUCAAGGUGGAGGCACCACAAGCAAGCGUUAACCUACAAGACAUCUACAGAGCGUGGAUGAAGCUGUGCUUUAUUUCCCAGCAUGCCGAGCAGCUAGCUGAGGAUAAAUCAUUCAAAAUUAAACCUCAGGGGAGCCCUGAUGAGACCCUCUCAGAAGAAUACAACAUGGAUAACAAAGCUUCUUUAGCCUCUGAGCAGACGAUUGAAACCAACGGAAACGCUCACGAUGACUCUCCUGAUGAUGACAAAGAAGAGGAAGAAGGAGACAAGGACAAUAAGCAGCCACGAGUCAUCAUGGUGGUCAAAGGUGAAACCCCUGAGCCAGAGGACACGCAUGCCAUCUCCCUCUUGCUGCCACAAGACAUCACAGACUCCUCAGAGGUCAAAGGUGAAACCCCUGAGCCAGAGGACACGCAUGCCAUCUCCCUCUUGCUGCCACAAGACAUCACAGACUCCUCAGAGGUCAAAGGUGAACCCCCUGAGCCGGAGGAGGCAGAUGUCUCUCAAACAAAGGCAAUGCCCACCUCAGAUGACAGCACUGAGCUGAUGAAUGGGAAAGCUGCAGAAUUGAAACCUGAAGAAAACCAACAAAUCGUACUGCAGGCCACGGCCACCUGCGCUCAGGACACCAAUGACCAGCCAACACAGACCCAAGCCCCAUCUCCUGCAGGAGAGCAGCAAGACCCCAAGGAGCCAUCAGCAAAAAAGAAAAGCAAGAAGAGAAAGAAGCACGAUGAAGAAAAAUCCUCUGAAAGUGACGUCAAAAAGAAGGAAGAGGAAGACAUUCAGGAGGAAAAAGUGGACGAUGGGGUCUGUCCACUAGAGGAGGAAAAAGAGGAGACGAAGGAAAAGAAGAAGAAGAGGGGGAAGAAGAAGACAGGUGAGAGGAGCCAGGAAGUGCAGUGUGAUGCAGGGCCAGCAGGAGGCGGCACAGAGACGCCAAAGAAAGAGGAAACGGCAGGAGAGCAGCAAGACCUCGAGGAGCCAUCAGCAAAAAAGAAAACCAAGAAGAGAAAGAAGCACGAUGAAGAAAAAUCCUCUGAAAGUGACGUCAAAAAGAAGAAAGAGGAAGACAUUCAGGAGGAAAAAGUGGACGAUGGGGUCUGUCCACUAGAGGAAGAAAAAGAGGAGACGAAGGAAAAGAAGAAGAGGGGGAAGAAGAAGACAGGUGAGAGGAGCCAGGAAGUGCAGUGUGAUGCAGGGCCAGCAGGAGGCGGCACAGAGACGCCAAAGAAAGAGGAAACAGCAGGAGAGCAACAAGACCUCGAGGAGCCAUCAGCAAAAAAGAAAGGCAAGAAGAGGAAGAAGCACGAUAAAGAAAAAUCCUCUGAAGGUGAAGUCAAAAAGAAGAGAGUGGAAGACAUUCAGGAGGAAAAAGUGGAUGAUGGCGUGUGUCCACUGGAGGAGAAACAAAAAGAGACAAAGGGAAAGAAGAAGAAGAAGACUAAGAAGAUGACAGGUGAGAGGAGUCAGGAAGUGCAGUGUGAUGCAGGGCCAGCAGGAGGCGGCACAGAGACGCCAAAGAAAGAGGAAACAGCAGGUUGUGCCGCUACUCAAUGCUCCUCCAGAAAGAACACACGAUGUCGCAAGAAACUAAGUCUCAAGAAGAGGUUGAACAUGAAAAGGAAGAAACUUCAGUUUGGCAAAAACAAGCAAGGCGUUACAAAAAACACGCCUCAUCCAUCAAAAGCUUUGAAGUCAGAGGAAGAAGCACCAAAGAGCAAGAAGAAGUCAACAAUAGAUGUCAAUAGUAAGAAAGACAAAAAAAAGAAGAGAGCAGCCAAUGUAGAGGAGAAGGAAGAUGAUGUUGGACAUUCGUCUCAGCUGUCAGAGAAGAAGAAGAAGAAGAAGAAGAAGAAAAAAGCUGCUGAAUAUGUUGAUACUCCUGUUCAUAGCAAGACAUCAGCCAAGAAAAUAAAGAAGAAACUGAAGUACCAAAAGGAGGACAACUGACUUACUGUUGCUUCAUUCCAGUGACGGUGGUGAUGAUCUUUGAGGACGACCAUGUUGGACCUUCCAGACACGACCAACUGUUGUAAAACUGUGACUAAAAGUACUCCACUGCUAACUUCAAGUAUGUGAAUGUUUAUCUCUGUGAGGAUAACGUUAGAUUAGCUGUAAAUGUCAUGCUUUCUGUUCACACUUGUGUAGUUUGACACAUUUCAUGUUUUCAAGAAAUAAACUCACUUCGCUGCUUUGAUCAAA